UGCUCAUCAGUGCCCCGUAUCAGUGCCACAUCAAUGCCACAUAUCAGUGCAUACCAUCAGUGCCACCUAUCAAUGCCAAUCAGUGCCACCUAUCAGUGCUGCCAAUCAGUGCCACCUAUCAGUGCCAGUCAGUGUCGCCUAUCAGUGCGCAUCAGUGCUGCCUAUCAGUGCCAGUCAGUGCCGCCUAUCAAUGCCAGUCAGUGCUGCCUAUCAGUGCCGCCUAUCAGUGCCAUAUAUCAGUGCCAGUCAGUGUCGCCUAUCAGUGCA